CCCUGGACUGAGCGCUUGGAAUGGACGGUUGGGCCACAGAGAGAGAGAGAGCAGCCCUGCCCCACCUCGGCUCACGGACUGAUCGAGGUCCAGAAGAAAGUGAGCCCCGGCUGUGGGACCGGGCGCUGCGAUGGAUCCGCUCAGAGCCCAGCAGCUGGCGGCAGAACUGGAGGUGGAGAUGAUGGCAGACAUGUACAACAGGAUGACCAACGCCUGCCAUCGGAAGUGCGUGCCCCCUCACUACAAGGAAGCCGAGCUCUCUAAGGGUGAAUCCGUGUGUCUGGAUCGCUGCGUCUCCAAAUACCUGGACAUACACGAGCGGAUGGGCAAGAAAUUGACAGAGCUGUCGGUGCAGGACGAGGAGCUGAUGAAGAGGAUGCAGCAGGGCACGGGGCCGGUGUGAGACCCCCUCCUCCGCCCCAGAGACGGUGGCGUGCCCCAGGACUCUAUCCCCUCCCCUCGUGUGUGAAAAUAAAAUAUCGUUGAUUGUGUAUUACCCCUAA